GACCCGGAAGCGGUGCGGCUGAGUCACCGCGGCGGCGAGCGGCGGCGGCGGGGAUGAGGCAGCAGGCGCGGCGGGCAGCGCUGUCCUUCGGUGCCUGAGGAGCCUCAUCACGCCCUCCCGCUCGUCAUUCUUUCUUCUUUCCCGUCUCCGCCUGCCUCGGUCUUUCCCCCAGCUUCCCCCCUCAGCCCCGCCGCCACCAUGAUGGAAGAGAUAGACCGGUUCCAGGUGCCCGCCGUGCGCGCCGAGAUGCAGCCGCUGGAUCCAACAGCUGCAUCUAUUUCGGACAGAGAUUGUGACACGAGAGAGGGAGAGACUGUAGCCAUGAACUAUAAGCCGUCCCCACUUCAAGUGAAAUUAGAGAAGCAGAGGGAGCUGGCUCGGAAGGGCUCCCUGAAGAAUGGCAACAUGGGAAGCCCAGUUAAUCAGCAACCCAAGAAGAACAACGUGAUGGCAAGAACAAGGCUCGUCGUUCCCAAUAAGGGCUAUUCGUCGCUAGACCAGAGCCCAGAUGAAAAGCCCCUGGUAGCCCUGGAUACGGACAGUGAUGAUGACUUUGACAUGUCCAGAUAUUCCUCCUCGGGAUACUCAUCAGCUGAGCAGAUCAACCAAGACUUGAACAUCCAGCUGCUAAAGGAUGGGUACCGAUUAGAUGAGAUCCCAGAUGAUGAGGACCUCGACCUAAUCCCCCCAAAAUCAGUCAACCCUACCUGCAUGUGUUGCCAAGCCACCUCCUCCACCGCCUGUCACAUCCAGUAGUGAGGCCGGCAGGCUGUGAUCAGUGCUUUCCACUAUAACUGUAAAACUUAACAGCCAUUGCUUCCUCCUAUGGUAGGACGUGCACCUCUUUGUGUUCAUGGAGCCAGGAGAAACCAAAAAAUUCAUUUUAUGAUUGGCUGAUAAGUUAUUUUAAACUACAAAAAAAAAAAAAAGAAAAAGAAAACUACUCAAAGUGCCAGGCGGUGCCUGGCAGAACUGACUGGUCUGGAGAGCAAAUGCAGAGGGGUUCAGAGAUACCUCCUUGGUUCUUGUAGGCACUGGGGAUGUUUUGUAGUGUCUGUUCUAGAAUAAGGAGGUUCAAAUGGGGCUGCAGGUCAUCCUGCCCACUGAAACCAAUCCAUCUGUGAGAUCAGGGGUGAGUGCUGGGGGGUUUUACCAGUGAGAGGAGGUCAGUUCUUAAUUCAUUCACUAAGCUAUUUUCAUUUGCAUAACCAAAAUGAUACUAUAACACAGUAUGGGAAUGACACAGGAAUGGGAACAGAGCAGGGUAUCCUCUCUUAUGGCAAGGCUAGCCAGGACUAGCAUGACACAAAUCAUUCACUUGAGAAGAGGACAAAUAGGUGGCAUUUCACUGUAAGUACUUGCCAGAGCUGUCACGUCACAUACCCAAUGCAAUCUAACCUUAGCUCCACAUUAAAUUAUUGCUGAACACAUCAGAUUUGAUCUGCAAUGCAUCCAUGCUCUUUGGGGAUUUGGUCUUUGCUCAGGAAUACCACACUCCUGAGUUCAGUCCAGUCACGUAUACUGACUUCAGGCUAUACUUAAUUCCUGUGAGACCCAUCUGCUUCCAAAAUCUUAAAUUUUGUUCAAUUAGGAAAAAAAUGAGUCCUGCACAAGACAGAACUAGAGCUGUGCAGUCUGAAGGUCAGUGCCAGAAAAGCUAGCUGAAGAAAGCACAUUUCUCAGUGCACAACCAUUGAUAUUCUCUUGACACUGCAUCUCUUGGUACCUGUGGGAGAGAUUUGUUAAGGCUGAAGGCAUCUAUGUGGUCGUGUCAGACUUUAGAGAAGUUUUCAGCAACAACUUUAGUCAAAAAAAGAAAAAAACCAAACAAAUCAUGAAAGGAAACUACUGUUUAUCCCAUCUCUGCCUGCUUGUGAACCACUCUCAGUCUGUGCUACAGCUGUCCCAUGUUGGGAACAAUUGUGUUUAUUUGGUGCUGGGUGGUCAGGAAACCUGGAGUCACAUUAGGUUACUGGACUGAGUUGCCAGUUUACCAGCAGAUUGUUUUUAAAACAAAAGUAUGUCUGGAAUUAGAAAUUGUGUCCUCUCCCUUGCUGGCCUUACACUACUGGCUUCAGCAUAUGUGGGGCUCAGCAAGGGAUGGGCUGGCAUUUUCCUCAGUGUUGAAAUCUUUCGCCACAGAGAGGAUUGUUUUUUGCCACCAACAGGACUGUGUGUGUUUUCCUGCCCUACCAGGAGGAAGGACCUUGGGUCAUUGCUUCCUUUGGAGCCUGAGGAAGGGAAAAAGCAAUUCUGAGCUUUCCAUCAGUAAUCCUGAGUAGCAAGGCAGAGCCUGAGCUCUGCCUUGAGAGGCAGAUCCUCCAUCUGAAAUCUGCAUGAGGUGAGCUGAGUCUUUAAGAAGUCCUCUACAAGAUUAGCUUUAUUUAACAUCCUGGGGCUUCACUCUGUGUGGUACAAAACACCAUACCAUCUACAGUAUGAGGAGAAGAGCAGGCACAUGAGAUUCCUGGGCUUUAUUAUUCACUAGCUGGUACAGGCAACUAUUAAGGCUAUGUUUGCCCCCUCCCUAAAACAGCUGCUGCUACCCUGGCUCCAGGCCACAGGAGGAGGACUGAGUGAUGCUGUUUACUGAGCAUCACUGCACCCUUGAGCAGAAGUGCCAGUUAACUUGCAAGCUCCUCUAAGAAGAGUGUUCCUUGAGUGAAUUCGUCAGCCUUUCUCACCAGCUGGAAAUGCUGAGGGGGGAGUGUUUCCAAAAUGUUUAUAAAGA